AUGAUUGUGUUGAAAAGCCCCAUACACUAUGGCCUGCCACCGCCAUCGCCAUCCCGACCGUGGUCCAGCGUACUCCGCGCCGGGGGCGACAAUCGGCGACCUCGUCGUCGUGGACGAAGAGUCGCGUGUGGUGCACGCGUCAUGCAAUUGCGAGACCAGGUCAUCGCAAAAGAUUCAGGAGCAGGCGCACCGGCUGACGACGAGGACACUACGAGAAGUUGUAAAAGUCUGAGCGAAUGUUACUUUGCGGGCAAGGGCGCAGCCCUGGUUUUGCCGCCGAACGAAAGGGCUCGCCCCUCGAGGCGAGUCUCGGCGGCAGGAUGCGAUAUCCAGCAACACUUACAGUCCAUGUUCUACCUGCUGAGGCCCGAGGAGACUUUAAAGAUGGCCGUGAAACUAGAGUCAGUGCAUCCAGGAAGGACACGAUACCUCGUCGUCGUUUCCUGCACGGGAAGGCAGGACGCCGAGGAGAGUUGUCUCCUUGGUAUCGAUUGUCACGCCAGGGCGACCGUCGGUCUCGUGCUCCGGGUUUUGGCCGACACCGCUAUCACUCUCGAUGGCGACGGGGGUUUCAAGGUCAGCGUUUGUGGCCGUCAACACAUCUUCAAGCCCGUGUCCGUUCAAGCCAUGUGGUCAGCCUUGCAGACGUUGCAUAAGGUGUCCGGUAAAGCACGCGAACAAAACUAUUUUCUUGGUGGACUGUCGCAUGACUGGGUCAGUUACUAUGAGCAACGGAUCGAGAGCGAUCGGUCGUGCCUCAACGAAUGGCAUGCCAUGGACAACCUGGAGUCGAAGAGACCGCCGUCACCGGACAGCGUACGCACCAAGCCCAGGGAGAGAGAAGAGACCGAGCGCGUGAUUCGAUCGACGCUGAAGGAAAUCAUGAUGUCAGUGGACCUCGAUGAGGUUACUUCCAAAUAUAUUAGAGGUCGUCUUGAAGAGGAUCUUGACAUGGACCUUGGGGAAUUCAAACCGUUCAUCGAUCAAGAGAUGCUUACCAUACUGGGGCAAAUGGAUGCACCAACCGAGAUAUUCGAUCACGUUUAUCUCGGGAGCGAAUGGAACGCUAGCAAUCUAGAGGAACUCCAGAAAAAUGGUGUAAGGCACAUCUUGAAUGUCACUCGGGAAAUUGACAACUUUUUUCCGGGCAUGUUCACGUAUCUGAACGUACGUGUGUACGACGAUGAGAAGACGGACUUGCUGAAGCAUUGGGAUAACACAUUCAAGUAUAUUACUAAGGCCAAAAUGGAGGGCUCUAAGGUGUUGGUGCAUUGUAAAAUGGGAGUAUCCCGUUCUGCCUCCGUAGUAAUAGCUUAUGCGAUGAAAGCUUACAACUGGGACUUUUCCCAGGCGUGGAAACACGUUAAAGAGAAGCGCAAUUGCAUCAAGCCUAACAACAGUUUUCUUCUGCAACUGGAAACGUACCAGGGUAUUCUGGAUGCGAUGAAGAACAAGGAGAAACUCCAGAGAUCCAAGUCCGACACAAAUCUAAAAUCUCCUACGUCCACGAAGGAUCAAUCAAAAAAGGAAGAGAAAUCGGAUAAUAUAGAAAAUAAUAUGCGAGAGGCAAUUUCAGGCUCUGAGUUGAAGAAAACUAGCCAAAGACCAAAGAGUUGGUCGCCGAAUGUCAAAGUCUCUGAAAACAUGUUACCUUCCGUUCCUUUGUCGCAAUCGUUGGAAAGUAUCGAUAAAGCAGGAAAUACGGAAGUCACACGGGAGGAUCUUCUUCGUGGCUCGAAUCAAAAACCGGCAAUAGAACAGGAAGCUCGCAAUGUUCUAAUGCCCUGCGACAACGGGCAAUCUUACAGUGUGUCGCAGAACAAAAUAAUGCACUUACCUGCCCCAACCCCUGGCACACCUAGCGUAAAGAAUAGAAUUAGUAAGUUAGAAACUCAGGGACAGAAGAGGAAAGGCCUGGUACUCAAUUUAACCAAUCAAUUUGAAGCGGCCAGCAGUAAACCGUCAUCGCCAGGAUCCGAUACGGACGUGAGAUCUCUGCCCCAGAGUUCGGUUGCCGAAGAGAACGUGAAUAAGCCAAUCGAAAACGGUCACUCGUAUUGCGAACAAUCACAGGAAGCGCGAGAUACCGCGGUUUCCGUCUCGAGCGGUCCUUCCGAAAAGGAAAUUUGGAAUCCCGGUGAGGAGCAACAAAAGGAAAGGAGAAAAGAGAUAAGCGAAGAUUCCACCGAGAUCAACGAUAAUAGUGAAUGUCUAGUCUGGACUGCGUCCGCGGAUGCAACAUGUGCUGAUUUGUGUGAUGACAAUAAAUCUGACAGAGGCGUGAGUGUGGAGAAUGAGUGUGUCGUGAGUGUGACGGCGGAUACGACAAUUACGACAUCGAUCACGACAACGACGACGACAACGGCGUCGUCAUCGACGUGUCAUGAUGUUUUGGGAAAGAAAGCGAAGAAAGAUGGCGAUCCAUUCAGCGCCCAGCUGGAUCGAGUAUUCGAUCGCGAGGAAAGACGGGGCGAACCCGUCACUAGGGAAUCUCCGAGUCGACAAAGUUCCUGGAGUAGUUAUGACAGUGCGGUGGUUCUUGACAAUUCAGUGCACAGCUCGUGGGCCACCUUACCGUCGAGGAAUAGUUCCUGGGGCUCCUAUGAUAUGCGGCCGUCCGAUUUGCUCGGUUCCAGUGGUCUGUUCCCGUACGAUAAAGAGGAAAUACCGUGGCAUCCGGGCACAGUAAAGCGCACUAAACAGAAGCUAGAGGAAGGGACGACCGCGGGUGAGGUAAAGCGCGUGUGUACGCAGACCUCGACGACCACGGAUGACAAAAACGACAGAGUAGCUACUGAAGUAGAUGCGACUGCGGUCGAAACAUACAAUCCGAUGUUGUUGCAUCAUAUGCCAUCGCCAACGCCGCGAAGAAGGGACUCGUCGCCCACUCAGGAACAUAAUCUUAAAGUAGAAACAAAUAGAGACUCGCCGAGUCCAGUAGGCAGUAUUGAUAUCUCUCUUACAUCUAUGCGCCAAAUUGGAAGAUUAUCCACUAGCGCUCCCGCGCCGUCCUCUUUGUCCUCCGAGUCUGAUCUGCCGCUGUCUCUGAGGUCCUGCAGAUCGGAAAGCGAGACGUCCAGUCCAUGCGUUGUCAAUACUACCCAGUGCCCCUCUGUAAAACACCACAAAAUGGUCUUGGAAAAUCUUUGCAACAAGUCCGUAUUCAGCAAGCGCUGUCUUUCCGCAGAUGACUCGCCGGAAACAGAGUGUCCGCGCAGCACAUCUGGCAUAGUCAAGAAUCUAAAGAAGGAAUUCGAAGCGAAGUCGACAAAGCUGGAGAGGAGUCCGGAGAACGCGAGCGAGAGCGAGAACGCAUCGUUGACCACGCGACCCAAGAGGGACGUAAAGAUUAGGAGUUUGCCCUCAUCGCCGGUGAUUCCGCACAACGAGUCUAAGAUCCAGUCGUCAUCCAGCGUUGGCGAAACCAAAGACAACAAGCAUGGUAGAAGAAGCGAGGUAACGCCACCGUUGUUGCAGGACAACGUCGAGGAUCUCUCCGUCAGAGUGUUGGUGGGAAAGUACGAAGUUGCCAGACCGGAGUCCAGGAAGAGCUUGGACGUGCAGUUACGCACUCACAAAGACAAAGACUGGGACUCCAUGGAGGUACAUCCGCCGGCGAAAUCGAAGAUCGCGCCUGAAUUCUCGCGAAGAUCGGCGCCGAUCAUGAUCAACAAUCACUCCACGCCUCUGUUUAAUGAGGCGCCAGAAGCUCCCGGCAGGCCGCCGGCGGUACCCUCUCCCAGCGUGGUCAUGGCCAGCGUGGUGGCGAAGGCAGCUAGCAAGAAACAACAGCAGCACGGCAGAACGCAUCCACUUGCUAGGCUGCAGGUCAGACCUAGGCAUAGCAGUCCCGUUUACAAUACUAUGUAACGCGGAGGCGAUGAUCUUUUGUUUUUGCUCGCGAAUUCUUAACGCGUAACACGAGCGCAGUACAUCUAAUCCGGACGAGAGUACUCAUGCGAUUAGGUGAGUACGCCGCCGUGACGAUAAAAUCGUGUGAUCUCUUUAUGUUGGCGUUGAAGAUAAGAUUGGGUUUUCGGAACCAAGACAGUCGCGCCUGUUGUUCUAAGGAUAGAUUUUUUCUCUUCUUGUCGUUCUCUUUUUUUAUCAUUAUUGCUGUAAUCGCUCGUACAACUAUCGUCCUGAGAGGAACGAUCUUGUCAUUUCGUUAAUGCGUAUCUUAUUAUUUAUAAGACGAUAAUCUUGCGUGAGCGUUUAGAUCUUUUUACUGCGAAACAACGACAGGCGCUUUAUGUUCCUUCUCGUCAACGUGUAUCUUGGCUUGACGUUAGUUCAAUUAUUUUAAGCUGGAAAUGCAACAAUUACGAGGCUGCGCGUCGAGAAGGAGGUCAACGUAAAUUCAGAAAGGGAUAAUCAUAUACUAUGUCACUGCGUUGUAAAUUAGUGGGCUCGGAAUCAAACGUGCGUUAAAAACAUGAAAAGCGAUACAAUGUGUCGCACGAGUGACUUAACGCGGCGCAAAAGUUUUGUUCCGCAAGAGAAAGAGGAGGGAGAAAAAGAACCGAGUGCUCAGUCAGGCUGUGAAUGUAAGGUCUGAGCCUCGGACGUACGCUGACCUUUCUUCUGCUUCGCUUUCUUGAUCUUUCUUUCGUCGGAUAUGACAUUGCCGCGUGAGACGAUAAAUCUCCGAUUCUACGAAAGCGACUUUGUCGAUUUUGUCGUAACGUGUAACGGAAAAAGUUAUUAUUAUAUGACGAGACCUCGAGAUAAUGUAAUAUUAAGCCACACUAUUAGUAAUUUAUAGGUGAUAAUGUGAUGUAGAGUGAUGUACAGUAUGCGAGAACACGAUGUAGCGAAGUGUGUUUUCUGUUGAGCGACUGUUUUUUCGGAGGCAUGAGUGUGUGUAUGGAAGGGGGUACCGAAAUUCACGAGCUUCUAAUCGUUUCCGAAACCCCGAAAGUGAUUCUUCCUGGUCUUUUUUUGUCAACGGCCAUAUUUUGCAUGGAAUGGUAAAAGUUAAUGCAAAAUUAGUAAGUUAAAGGUAGUAACAUUGUGACAAGUGGAUUAGAUUUCUCUUAAAUUAUAAGGUAAUAAUUUAGUAUUGUAUGUAUAUUGUCUUAUCUCCAGGUGUAAUAGACGCCUCAACAAUUUGAUUUGAACGAAUCGAAUCUUAUUAGAUAUUUUAUCGAGCUUGUGACUUAUCGCCUCACAUUUAGAAUAUACAAUUAUGUGGAUUGCAUCUCUAUUGCUUGUGAUCCAAAAGACCCUCUCUUAGGCUGAAACGACUGUUGUUCUCGCGAAUUAGGUACCUCUCUUACUCAUUAAUUGUUAUUAACUUCUCUUUGUACUCCUACUACUAUAGAUUGUCUUUAUCUCGAUUAAUUCAGAUCGGUUGAUCGUAACGCUUUUCAACGGCUGACGAUGCAGCGAUAAUAGUGCAUCAAGAAGUUAAUCCCGCUAUUGACUCCCGUAUAAGUCGAGAAGGUAUGAUGAGAUGUGAGGAAAAAUAUGUUGAUCCUCGUGGGUGCAUGCGCGUACUUGUAUUUCUCCAUCGAUCGACUUGGAGCACAUUGUAUCUCUAAGUGUCAAUAUUUUUUUAAACACAUAUCACCGACUCAUCGUUAAUUUUGUAAAUCGCGCGCGUUCCUACCGUGUCGCGGGAUUUAGUUAGACAGAAAACGAUGGAAAACCCGAUUUACCGCGCAAAUUGAUGACCAAUUUUAUACUCUGAUGUACUCUGACGAAUGCGACCGUUGCUAGGAGGCGCUUUGCGAGCGCGUCGCGAUUAUCGUGUAUAAAUAUAUUUUAUUACAAACACAUUUCUCAACCAAAUUAGGCUCGUUGAUCGUUUAGAUUGUAGAUACGGGCUGAAAAAAAGUCCUGGAAUAUAGUAGUUUCCCGAAUAGUCUGUUGGAUCGCACCUAGAGAUUAACUAUUAUCUACUUAUACGGUUAAGUACAAUUGGAUGCGAUUUUGGAGGAGGAGGAUCUGUUUUCUUUUUUCUCUACAUUCUGUCGCAGCCGGAGGUGACUCGUCCCCUUUUUUAAACAUAAGACUUAUGAGGAGUGAAGUUUCAAAGUCUCGAAUGUUGUCCAAGUAAUCAUCGAGUUUAAAGUAUACUUGAAUGCACAAGAUAUCUAAUAAUUCCCGUGUGGAAUCCGAUGUGGAUCGGAUACCCGAUCACGCUAAUCGCCGCAAAAGUAUUAAGUAUGUAAUGCGGGGUCUACAAUGGCAACAGGAGUAAUGGAGUAAGGAGUAAGAGUAAUAAUUGACCAAUUAAAAACCGGGAGUAAACGAAAUGGGCAAAUCUCAUUUCAUAUUUCUUACUUUUUACUCCUACUCCAUUACUCCUGCUGACAUUGUAGACCCCGCAUAACAGGAUGUGUCAUCUACGGCGCGAGUAUUGAAGAAAAAAGAAAAAGUAAAAAAACUGCGAUGCGCUUUUUGCUCUCUCACCGUGUUUGUGCGCGAGCAAUUUUUUCUACACCGUGUCGCUUGUCAACCGAUGGAUUUGCUCGUGUCAAGUAAGUUUGUAUUGUCACAAAUCGAUGUGCUCAGUUUUAGUGAUUGUCCCCUGAACCCUUAGGCCCUGUUCCUUCGACCGCUCCAAUCCGCCCUUUCGUCUCUUAAGUCUUGCUUAAGUGUGUGCGUUACUCGAUACGAGAACUUGCUGUCAUAUGAGAAAUGAUGAUAAAGCCGUACGUUGUUCUGUAUAAAUUUUGUACUAUAGUUUGUAUUAAAUAAAAUACAUUGUUUAUUGCUUGAA